AUGCUCAGACUGCUGCUGAAUUUCGCAGUCGGCGGUUUGCUCGGAGACGUGUUCUUGCACCUGCUGCCUGAGGCCUGGGGUCCCGCCUCGGGGGCCCCCGGGGACUGGAAGAUUGGUUGCUGGGUUGUACUAGGGCUGAUAUCGUUUCUACUGGUGGAGAAAGUGGCAGGUUGUAGUGAGCAAGAAACUGCUGAGCCAGCAGUGAGGCACACAGAACCAGUGAAGAAAGCAGGUAUCUCCUCUGGUGAGGGGAAGAAGAACGGGUUGGUGCACCGUAAUGGACACACUAGGUCAGGUCCUCCACACAGUGCUGCAGUGGAGGGAGAGGACGGAGAGGAGGGAGGAGGGAUUAACAUGAGAGGCUACCUCAAUCUGGCUGCCAAUUGCACAGACAAUUUCACCCAUGGGCUUGCCAUUGCAGCCAGCUACGUCAUCAGUCCGACAGUUGGAGCUCUCACUACAGCUGCAAUACUCUGUCACGAAGUCCCUCACGAAGUGGGAGACUUUGCCAUUCUCCUCAGCUCUGGUUUCGACAGCUGGUCGGCGGCCAAGGCUCAGUUGCUCACGGCAACGGGAGGAUUAGUGGGUGUGGUUGCCGGACUCACCGCUGAACAGCUGAGCUCGGCAUCGUCAUGGUUACUUCCGUUCACGGCAGGAGGGUUCCUUUACAUAUCUCUGGUAUCGAUUGUCCCCCAAUUGCUGGAGGAGAAGACAGAGCCACUGGCCUCCUCUGUGGAGGUCUUGGUUCUUGUUCUGGGCAUCCUUGUCAUGGCGUUUGUGUCCAUGGUUGAGACUGAGAGCUGCAGACACAUGCCCUCCCUGGCUAGCUAG